AUGAUCCUCUCCGAGUUUGCCAAGCAGACUUGGGUACUGACGAAAAAGGAUCUCCUUCUUGUCGCUCGUCGACGAUGGUUCAGCACUUUCAUCAGAGCUGUUGCGUUUCCUAUUGUGCUCACAGUCAUCAUAGCGAGUGUGAAAUCGUGGAUUCACAAUGAUGGUGGCUAUGGCAUCGGCACCCCGUCUCCUAUCCGCACUUUGGCCGAGGCAUUCGAUACAGUUGGAGAUGCCAGGAGGGACUUUGUGAUUAUUGACCGAGGACUCCCACAAAGCGAUGUCCGAUUCGUGAUUGAUGAGCUCUCCACCCUGGCUCGCAAUGGUAACCGCAAUCUCAAGAUCCUGCCUGAUUCCAGCGAUAUACCAAACAUCUGCCCUGCUUCCAGCAAGGGAGUCACGACGUGCUUUGGAGUGGUGGAUAUCUGGUCUUCGCCAAUGCAAGGCCCGGGCGCAAUCUGGAAUUACACCCUAUGGCAGGACGACGUGAUUCGUGGAGCGAAUAUCCACACUGACUCCAACGCAGUGCAGCUCUACACCUAUCCUCUCCAGCAGGCUGUCUUUGGGCUCAUUUCUCAGAGGAACAAUGGCUCAGUGCUUCCCGACACGGUGUUGAACUACCCUUAUACCGCGUCCACUCAAGCAGAGCAGGACUUUAGGGAUGAGAAGUUCUUUGGUUUGCUUGUGACACAGGCCAUUGCAUUCGUGCUGUUCAUCGGAAUAUGCGGAAUUGCGUACCACCUCACCGGGCAUGUGGUGCGCCAGCGAGAGGAAGGCAUGCUCCAGCUUAUCGACGCCCAGAUGCCCAACAAAUCCCGCUGGGAAUCUCUAGCUGCUCGAACAAUCGCCACCCACAUCGCCUUCGACAUGAUCUACAUGCCUGCUUGGAUAGUGUGCGGCGCCGUCGUGGGCACUCAAGUCUUUCCCCACUCGAAUGCCGGCUGGUUCGUUCUGCUCUACAUCCUGGCAGGCCUGGCCAUGACCAGCUUCUCAAUCCUCGCAUCAUCGCUGUUUCGCRGAAUGCAGCUCUCGGCUCUGAGUGCUAUCGUUGCGGCCUUGGCCUUCGCUAUCGUGGCACAAUUCACACAGUCGGGCCAGAAGGCAACAUCCACCGCUGCAGCCACCGCUACUGGGCUUCUGUUCCCGCCAAGUACUUUUGUAUAUUUCUUGGUGACUGGAGCUAUCGCUGAGAUCUUCGGCCAGCCACUAAAAGUCAAUCAAGAGAUAGAGGGCAUAAUCGGUUCUCUGCUUAGCAUUCGAGUUUGGAACCUGACACCCGCACACUUUAUCGGAUUCUUCAUCUUCCAAAUUGUCCUCUAUCCGAUCCUAGCUAUCGUCACCGAGCGAUUCCUAUGGGGAAGCUCAUUCCGGGGUAGACAUGUUCGGUCGACGGAGGAGAUGGAAGGAAAUGCGCUGCGCAUCAGCAACUUUUCCAAACGUUACAACAAAGCUUUCAAGAAGAGUGAUCGAACCCUUGCAGUCGAGCAGCUCUCCCUCGAUCUUUUCGCAGGAAGUAUCACAGUCCUUCUGGGCAGCAACGGAAGCGGCAAAAGUACCACCCUGAACUCCAUCGCUGGCCUCGAAAGUAUCACCGAAGGACGAAUCGACAUCGAUGGUAGUGGUGGCAUCGGACUUUGCCCGCAGAAGAAUGUCAUGUGGGCUGAAAUGACGGUUGAAGAGCAUGUAUGGUUCUUCCAACAACUCAAAAACCCUUCGUUGGGUCGUCAGGCAAGCCGUGAUGAAGUCAAACGACUGGUGGAGGGCUGUGAUCUGGCCCACAAGACCCAWGCCAAGUCGAAGACACUCUCUGGUGGACAACAACGCAAGCUACAACUAAGCAUGAUGUUUGCCGGUGGUAGUAAAGUGUGCUGCAUUGAUGAAGCCAGCUCUGGUAUCGAUCCACUGGCGAGACGAAAGAUUUGGGAUAUCCUACUCCGAGAGCGAGGACAUCGCACACUACUAUUAACCACACAUUUCUUGGACGAGAGCGAGGUCUUAGCUGACCACAUUGCUCUACUAUCAAAAGGGAAGCUCAGGGCUGAAGGCUCGGUGGCAUCUCUGAAAAGCUCCCUUGGGGGCGGAUUCCGUGUCACACUCCCUGGCCAGCAACAAUCCUCAUUCCCAGCGAGCUCUGACAUCACAACACACCAGAUUGGAGAUGAUGUCGCGUUUGAUGUUCCUGAUUCCGCGACUCUCACAACCCUGCUCGGACGAUUGGAGCAGAAAAGUCUCAAGGACUACAAGAUAGAGGGGCCCAGCAUUGAGAAGAUCUUCCUCCGACUUGCUGAUGAGAUGAAGCUUGAUGAACGAAAUGGUCUCGGCGCUGGAAGCAUCGAGAGGUCUAUCUCCUCCGAGACGGCCCUUUCUAAAAAGCACACUGCUCACUCAGACUCCCCUGCGAUGGAACUGCACACAGGGACAGGCUGUGGGCCAUUCACACAGACCUGGGUGCUGUUCCGAAAAAGAGUCACCAUCCUCAAGCAUAAUUUCAUGCCUUACGUGGCCUCUCUGUUCGUACCAUUAGCCGUUGCUGGUCUAGUCACUCGCUUCCUGGUGAACGUAAGCUCCGACGGACUUGUCUGCGAGAAUCCCAACGAUGCCUUCAGCACAUACAGAUUGGUACCAUCAAGCUUGCCGACGUACUUCAACAACUACGUGGUCGGACCUCCGAACACGAUUACAGACGACAUACUGCGGCAACUCGUCCCUUGUCAGGAUUUCUACUCUGCUGAGUGUUAUAAUUAUCAGGACAGCGGCUCGGCAUCUGAAGCGUCAUCUCUGGAUGACUUCAACCAACAGAUCAACAUGAGCUACGCUUCACCGGAAAGCGAAGCGUAG